GUUUUAACAAAUAUGGUUAAUGCUAAAAAAGAUCUACUGUGCGACUACUGUGGCACCACCAAUGAACCCGGCAAGAUUUUGUCGUCCAAAAAGGCGUUUUACGGCAACAAACUUAGCGACAUUCUGCACGCCAUCACACAACGCCAUAUUCCACCCACUUCGGCCAUCAAGGUGUGCUUCAUUUGUUUCUUCAAAUUUGUGCAAUGCGAGCGCACAAUACAGGAGGCUCGGGAGUUUGUCGACAGAAAAAUGAGCGGCAACGCCGAAGAAGAAGAUGCAUUGGAUGAGGCGGAGGCAGAGGUGCCAAAAAUAAAGCAAAAGCCAAUGAAGAAGCGUAGUUUCUCCGUGCCUGGACUUGGGACCUUGGACCCGUCAAUGACGACGACUACGACGUCGUCGAAAAUCGUGGCACCAAAGCCCAAACGCUCUGUCGGGAAGGCUGCUGCUCCAGUGGGCGAGGCGAACGAUGAUAAUGAUAUUCAUCUAGAUGACUCCGUGUCACUGUUGCCGGCAAAACCGGCAAUCGACAAAAAAAACACCUCGGUGCUGGGUGUAUUCGGUAUAGCAGCCGAGAAUCCUGUCGAUUUGGAGGUUGAGGUGGUGGCGGAUAGCGAAUCGGAGGAGAAGGGACUAAUACCCGAAACAUUCGAGUGCAAGCAGUGCGACUUCAAAGAGAAGUACCCAAAGAAAAUGAAGCAACAUUACAUAGAAGUCCAUGGACAGCAUCGUCCUCGAAUUUACUUUUGCCCAAUGUGCACAAAAUCGUUCGGGGUUGCCAAAACCCUCAAGGAACACGCCAAGGCGAUCCAUGGCCUUGAAAUGGGUAAAGAAAAGAGCGGCGCGGGCAGGGCUAAGACUGUCGAGAAGGAAGUUCAGGUGGCGAAGGACGAAGUUCCGGCUGUAAAGAAAAGCAAAAAGACCGCUGUGAAACUGGUAAUGGAAAAGGCAGUAGAGAACGAGGCUGCAGCAGAAGAUGAUGGUGAAGAGCAUAUCGAAGUCAUAGAAGCAAAGAGCCCUUCUCCUAAGAAGCAGAGCGAUGUACAGCCCCAGACACCUAUUAAACACAAGUCUCCACAGAAGCUUCAAACUCCAGUCAAAUCGGUGCAGAACAAUGAUGAUCCAGAUACGCCUGGGCUGUCUGUCAUCCGAGCCUUGAACGAGCACAAGAAGAGGAAGGAUGUGACCAACACGGAGUACACAUUUGCCAUCAACGGGUCGAGUGCCUCGACGCCAAAGCCAAACGGCACGGCAAUGCUGAUCUGCAACAUUUGCGAAACGGAGCAGCCGUCCGUCAAGAUGAUGCAACGCCACAUGUCCGAGUCGCAUGGAAUUGAGAAACCAAAGAUAUUCAAGUGCCACAAAUGCGAAAAGUCGCUGGCCAGCAAACAGUCGCUGAACUAUCAUUUGAGCUCGCAUUUGGCCCAUCCCGAUGCAGAGGUGAAAACCAAACGGAAAAUACUACACAAGAAGGAACCUCCCCUCAAGCGAAAGGAGAGUUUUACAAGCAAAGAAGUGGAGGACGACACCGACGAUGUGGCUGAUGGGCCGCCGUCUUCUCCCCUCAACAAGAGCAAGAAGCUGUCGCUGACCUCCAAUGUUCUGGCAGUGUCCUCUCCCGCCAAGAAGAGCAAGAAGAUGUCUGAGACUGCCAACGCUGUGGCUGUGCCUUCACCCACGAAGAGCCAAAAGGAGCCUACGGUCUCGCUUGUCUCAGACGAAGAAAAAUGGGUUCUGCCGCGUCCCAAGAAGGCGAAGAAGGAAAAACAGUCAUCGGAGUCGGAGUCCGUCAACAUCUCGAAUAGCAACGAGCAGAAUGAAUCGCAGGCCUAUCCUCUCGAAGAUAUGUCCGAAGUCAACCACAAAGUCCAGCCCCACAAGCGUGAAAUGCUGUCCUCCACCUCCGAGUCCACCACCGCAGACGAGUCCGAGUUCAACUGCAGCCAGUGCCCGAAAACUACCAAAUCGCAGCGACGUCUCGAAUCGCACAUUACCAAAAUGCACGGCCAGUCGCUCAAGUGCACCCACUGCUUCAAGAAGUUCCACACUCGCCAGUCCUAUGUGGUGCACUUUGAUGAAUGCGAGGGGAACGAAGAAAACCCAGGACUGCCGUGCGGCGUACGCAAGUGCAAUAAGAGCUUUGAGGCUCUUAAAUUUUUGGAGGAGCACUUGAAGAAGCGCCAUCACUGGUAGACUGGAGACCUGAACAUAUUUGCGACCACAAUGAGGAGGGAGCACCCCACUUAAAUUUAAGAGAAGGCGCCACUUGUAAAUUCAAAAUGUACACGGAUGUACAUUAGAUGGCAUUUUUGGCACUAGCACGAGGAGGCUUUUCCACCGCUCCAACUUGACCUUUAUUUCUUGUUAAAUUUUUAAUUAAUUAAUUUUUAUUUUUUGGAAAAUAAAUGUAGACGAAAAGACAUUACACAAGAAGAGAAA